UUCGCACACGCGCGCGCUGUAUAGUUUAUAUAUUUAUACUCCCAUCCGAUCCGAGAUCCGAGAUCCGAGAUCCAAGAUCCGAUCUGACCGUCGUCGUGCUCCUCGCCGCAUCUCGCUCGCUCUAAUCAGUUGGCCUACGUUUUGGGUCCGCGUACUUCGCGGCUAAUUUCCAACUUAAAGAAGUGAAAAACAACAAAAUCAGGCAAAUAAUUGAGUAAUUAAAGUUAAACUGCAAUAAACUCCACUUAACGAAACUCAAGUGAAUAUAAUAUGCAAGCAAUUUGAAAAAUUUGAAUUAGUGCUCAGGCUAAACCUGCCAAUGUUAUUAUUUGCCCAUCUGUGCAUGUGCUCAAAAGUCAACCGAACAAACUGAAUCCACAGCAGACAACAAACAAGGCCAUAACUCGAAACUGCAAGAAUGGCCUCCACAGAAAACGCUAAUGGCACGACAGCGAAGACAGCCACCAUGGAAGAUGACUACAUAACGGUAGUGGAAGUGGACGAUCCCACGUCGUCCUCCAAGGAUCGCCUGAAGAAGCUAGUCAAGCGGCAGAGCUCCGUGGCGGAGGACUCCUCGUUCAUCACAGUGCUGACCAUCAAUGAGAUGGAGCUGCUGCAGCGGCGACAGGAGGAGGAAGGUGGAAGUGCCCCACUGCCGCCAAAGGAGGAGCAAAAAGAGGAUGUCACAGUGUUCCGAUUGCCGGGUGAACGCCUCGGCUUUGGCCUUAAGUUCCAGGGCGGAACACGGAGCACAGAACUCGUUCAGAAGCUGUACAUACAAUCCUGCGCCGCCGACAGUCCCGCCUCCAAAGUGGCCACCAGUUGGGGGAAUCUCCGCGAGGGCGAUGAGAUCGUCAGUAUCGAUGGUCGGGAUGUCCGGCACAUGACCCGCAUCGAUUGCGUUCGCGGACUCAAAGACAAUGUGGCCAUUCAGCUGGUGGUGCGCAAUGGCCACGGGCAGAAGCCACCCAGCGAAGAGGAUCCACAACAGCAGCUGGAGCAGCUCUCCAUCACCCUCAAUGCCCAGCCCCCUCCGCCGCCGCCUGUGCCACCAAGGAAACUGGUCAGGCGACAGAACUCCAGGGAGAACCAGGCGCAGUUGGUCAUUGAAAAGCCACUGACUCCGCCGCCGGAUGCGGAGUACUACCUGAAUCUAUUCACCGAAUCCAUCAAGGCCGGCUCCGAGUCGGAUGACACUGCUAGCACCAUCUCCACCGUCAUCGACAAGUUCUCCAUGGGCUCCAAUUACUCCUCGGACAGCAGUCUCAAUGGGCAUGAGCUGGCCAAGGUUCUGCAACCGUUCACCCUUCUCGAGCAGGAGUUCCGGCCCUUGGAGCAGCCCUUGGGCCAUGCCAAGUUGAUCAUCCCCGGCAACAACUACGAGAACGUUGAGUUCAAGACGGAGAAGGUCAACGUCUAUGAGAACGUGGAGCUCAGAAGUCCGGAAACGACGCCCACGCCAAAGCCCAGGGUCCAAUUGGCCACCGUGGAGCCGAAGAAGCGAUCCAUCAUACCCAUGCCACGAAAAAUUCCAACCCCCAGCAAACUGCCCAUCGAGGUGACUCCACCGCGGGUUCCCCCAAUGGAGGAGCCCAAAACACCCACUAACGAGCAGCUGGACUCCCCCAAGACACCCACAAAUGAGAUUAAGGAUUCACCCAUCAGUGCUACCAAAAUACCUAAGGCCAAGUUCUCGAGGGCCAAAACAGAGGGCGAGAUCAAGCUGCACUUGCAGCCCUCAAAGCAGCAGUCUCCGCAGGGCAAAUCACGUAUACCCGUAGUCAGCACACCCACUCCAAAACCGGUGCCCAAGCCAGUGUCACCCACGCUAAAUGGUACUCCACCGAGCUCAAACAUCCCACGACUGUUGCAGAAGCAGAAAUCCGAAACGGAUCUCAAGCUGAACUUGUACAGAAGCAAGUCGAAGGAGUCGAGUCCCAGACCGCCCUUACAGAGAGCCAACUCGGCAGAGGCCCCAGAAAGGACCUUCAUCCCGGUGCUUUUAAAUGGCAGCUCGAAAAGCUCAAACUCCCUGGAGAGCAUUAGUUCGAAUGGAAGUAAUAGCAGCGGAAAUAGUGCAAGAACACCCAAGGGACCUAAGCCCAAGCCCCCAGAGCGGGUGCAAUCCCUGCAGAAAACGCAAAUACCCAAGCUGCAGGCCCUUCCAACUACGCCGCCCCAACCAAUCCCCAAACUGAGCAUGCAGACCUUCAAGCAGAGCCCACCCACACCCAGAUCCACUCCUGUGGGAACCCCAUCCCCGACCAGCAAUCGGGAGAUUCGCUUCAAGAUUCAGACGUACGAGAGCAAGACCCAGGACGAAGACAAACUGCCCAGCCUAUUUGACCUAGUGCACAGUCAGGAUAAAGAUAAGGAUAAGGAAGGCGAUCCACUCCAGACCCACAACAGUAUCACCGCUCUUUUGGCCGCCGCCGCCGCCGAGGCCGCCGAUCUCUCCCGGGAAUCCCCUCCUCCGCUGGUCGUUGGGAAGUGCAUGAAGAUCGCGGAUGAUAAUAACACCACCACCUGCUAUUCGAGUUCCAGCAGCGGAGAGGAGGACGAGGAUGAUGUGGAUGCCGCCAACAGGGAGUACGUAUGCGAGGACGGGGAGAAGCUGGGACCUCCGGAGCUGAUAAAUGGACCCGGUCCCUCGGAGGCCUACUUCAACAUGUUCUGGCACUCCAACAUGCUGCCCACCAUCGGCGAGGUCGAGGAGGAGUUCUCCUCCCUGGAACCGCAGUCCCUGACCAACGGAAACCUUGUCAAAUCAGAGGAGCCGAAGAAGUUGCCCAAAAUGGAAAAUGGAAGUGCCGGUGGACUGGCCCAGCUGACUGACGAUAAGAUUGCUGACCAUGACGCAAGUGAAAUAACUGUGAAUAGUCGCAAUGAAACCACCACGAACCAGACUCAGGAGAUCAGCUCCAGUAGCUCCAGUUCCACGAAGAGUCAGAGGACCACGACGACGACUCGAGUGACCACCACCAAGACCAGUUCCUCCAGUAGCUCGUCGAGCAGUUCGUCCACCCUCAUCCCAGACAUAGCCUUCAAGCUGCAGCCCUAUGAGGAUAGGGAGGAGGCAUUCCCAGAGCCCAUUACCACCAUCCACGAAGAACGACGUGUCCUCAGUGAGCAGAAGACCCUCAGCGAACUGAGGACCCGGGAUGCCGUGACCGGCGAGGAACAGCUGGUGACCAGUGCCAAUUCGAAAUCGAGCAGCGCCCGCUUCAAGAAGAUCAGCAGCAACGACAACCUGCUCGACCUCGGCGACGAGCAGGACAUGCAGGAGCAGCCGUUGACCGCCACGAUCACCCAGGAAUCGAGUCUCAGGGAGCGGUUGGAGUGUCCUCAGGAUAACCAGAGUAUCGAGCGGGGUACUCUGACCCUAUCCGAGCGGGGAAAGCAGCUGAGCGAGAACGAAGGACUCACCACCUACACGGAGUGUGAGACGAGCGAGAAGGAGUCCUAUCUGGAGGCCCAACAGGUUCUCAAUGGAGCUGGGAGCCCCAGUUCCCAGGAUGAGAACGGUGACCUACCCACUUUCAAGCGAGAGCUCAGCGAAACCCUCACGGUGACCAACGAUGUCGAAAAGCAGGUCACCAAAAAACUGGAACAGAGCAAAGAAAUUGCUGGGAAAAAGGGGGCCAAGCUCCUCAAGAAAACCGACGAGGAGCGACGACUUGAGCAGGAGGCCCAAAAGCUGAUCGAGAGCUACCAGAAAGUGAAGAAGGAGGCGGAGAAGCUCUACAAACUUGAAUUGGCCGACGAUGACCAGGGCUUUGACCUAAGUGCCUUCGAGCAGGUGGAGAAAGAGGAUACGCCCCAAGUCUUUGAGGUAAUUGAAAAGGAGCUCAAGGAUUCCAGGCCAAGUGAGUCCACAGUCCAGCAGGGCGUUUCACUCAUAGAAGAAGUGAAAGACUCUAAGCAGGAGGUGGAAAAAGAGGUUAAUGUCUCUCGAGAAGAAGUUUCCCAAAAGGAACUCAAGGAGAACGACCGACAGUCACAUCAGAUAGUCACGGAAGAGGUCAACAAGCUCAAGGAAGUCUUACAGAGUGAAGUGAAACAGGAGGUCAAGGCCCUCAAGGAAGUCAAGGAAGAGGUCAAAGUUUCGCAGCAGAAUGUCAAAGAAGAGGUGAAAAAAGAGGCUGUCAAAGUGGUGCACAAAGAAGUGAAAGGGAUUCAAGAAAUUACCCAAAUCACAGGGACAACAAGUCACAAGGAGUCAACUCAAACAGUCACCGUCUCCAAAAAAGAAGUCACAGUUUCCUCGAAGCAAAGCCAAGAUCCCGAAAAGUCCACUACAAAAGUGGAGAUCAUCUCGCCGACUCUGGAAGAAGACUUGGGCUAUGUCCUCCACAAGCACAUUAUUCUUCCCCAGGAGAAGGUCAAGAAGGCGCCCACGCCGCUGCCAAAGCCGAAGCCCAAGCCUCCAGUGCCCACAAACAAGCCCAAAAUGCCAUCUAAUUUGACCAAACCGAGGACACCACCUCCCCCAGUGCCCACGAAAAGGAGUGAGGUGGCGGGAUCCGGUGGUAAGCCCACACCCACCCAGCGACGCAGCAGCUUGGAGACCGCCCAACUGCCCAAGCCCCUGGAACGCGUAAUUGUGGGCGUGGAGCAGCGGGACGAGGCGGAAAAGCGCCAGCCAAUUAUCAACCUGGCCAGCGUGGACCUGCCAAAUGUGGCGCCCAACGCACAACAAGCGGUUGCGGAAACGAGUCCUGUGGUGGAGAUGCCGCCGGAUGAGCUCCAAUUCGAGAGCCACCAACUGCCGGAUGAUGGGCAAGGCCAAAUGGACUCGCACCUGGAGUCAAAUGACCUUCUCAGCGGGUCCUCCUCCUCGUCGGUGACCACGCCCAUUACAACGCCAAUUCUGGUGUCUGCCACCUCAUCAAUGGACUCGGUGCAAAGUGUCAUCGAGGUCGUUAAUGGCUUGCCCAUCAUCAGCAGUCAGCAGACUGACGACGACGACAUUGAUGAAGAUGGACCGCAGGAUGAUGAGGUGCAUUCGGAGGCCGAGGGACCAAAGGAAGCUAGUCCCGUCGAGGAGGUGACAACGUUGUCAUUCGACAGAGAACACGAAUCAGAUCUUAGUACCCUCAGCAACCACCACAGCAACAUCAGCGCUAGUAGCAGCAUCCCGGCAGCAACUUUAAUCAUCAGUACCAGCAGCAGUAGCAGCAAGAAGACAACCACUGAGGCGGCAACCACAAGCAAACCUGCUGCACCACUGAACCCCGGCAAAAUGGAGCUGCUGAGCAGCCCCACAGCAACAGCAACGACCACGACGACAGCAACGCACCACCUGCACCAGGCCACCACUACGAAACAGCUGCUGGUGCAGGACUACCUGAGCAAGGCCUCACCACCCACAUAUUCCCGCCUACCGCCCGAUGGUCAUGAGUUUCCGCCCAAUUUCAGCGAGCCACUGAUCAUGCACAGCCACCCACUGAAGGUCACCACCGAGUUGAGCUACGAGAUUCAGAAUGGCAAGGAGGAGAGCUCUGCGGCCCCACCACUGCCCAAAACGGGACCCCCGGCCACGGUUCCUAGGAAAGUGUACCGCCAGGACUUGGUCAUAAACGUGGAACCGGCUCCGAGCUUGGGCCGGGACUAUCAGAGGUCCCUGAGUGGAGGUGCUCCCCGAAAGCCCAGCGAUUGGCGCAAGGAUGAGAAGUCGGAGAAGUCGGUGCGCGACAAGAUUGCCAUGUUCUCGUCCAACAACGAACUGGAUGCCAUACCACCGGCUCCGGCCACAGCUCCCAUUUCCACAUCCUUCUCCCGGAAACCCUUGAACCGGAGCAGUGAGAACCUGCUGGACAGCUGUUCGGCGUCCUCGGCCCCUUCGCUGAAAACUCGCGCCAUGAGCGUGGAAAAUCUGAACGAUGUCCAGCGGCAGUACCAGUUGGCCAAACAGCUGCCCCAGUUGCAUGUGGCCGACUCCAUGUACUCCCUGAACACGGCCACGCCCACCCAGAGCUACGCCUCUUUGCCGAGGCGCAGUCACGGAGGAUCGUACUCCGCGGGCGUGGAGCGAAGGAUCAGUUUCUCGGGUGAAGGAGGUGAGGCGGCCAACCGAAAGGCUGCCAUUACAAAUAUACUAGAGCAAAGAAGGCGGAGUCUGUCGAAACUGCGAGGUCUGGUAAUCCCCGAGAGACCCCAGUUGCUGGAACCCAUCCUGGACCUGCCGGAGAUCAAAAGCCAGGUGAAGGCGGCCAGCGGGGAGGACAGUACGGACAGUGGCCUGGGCGAGAGCCACCGCAGCACGGCCAACAGGAGCAAUCAAUUGGGUGCAGGCAGUGUCGGAAGUAACUAUCGCAGCAUCUUCACCAGCAACCAGAGAAGGCCGCUGGAGCAACAGCUCUCCCAGCCGCCAGCCAAGCCGCCUAGGACAUCGCUGACUCCGCUCCAGCCGAGAAGCAUGAUGAUGCCGCCACCACCGCCGCCUUUGGAUCAGGAAAGCGACACGGACUCGGUGUUCUCGCACACGGCCAGGGUGGCCACUCCGCCAGAGAAGUUCGCCCUGACCAGAACCCUGAGUUCCGAGACGAACACCUCGAUAGCCAGCUCCAACACCUCUACCCUAACCUCUGGAUCUUCGGCCGGGUCCCAGGCCAGCUGCAGCUCCCUGGGCAGCACACCGGCAGUGGAUCUGACCAGGAGGGUAUUGAAGAGUCAGGUGAGCAAUGGUGAUCCCGUGGUGCUCUCCAGCCGCAAAAGCAUCCUGGCCUCGGCCAAAUGCCGCAGUGCCAAGAGUCGGGGUCAGGAGGAGGACAACGACAGCACCGAUGGCGAGGCCUGCUCCCUCGCCAAUCGCAGAAUGAAGCCCAUUUCCAGCUACAAACUGCAGCAGCAACAGAUACAGCUGGGCAAGCAGCUGGUGGUGGACAAACUCAUCAAUGUGGCGGCCUACGUGGAACUAACCUCGGAUACGGACGACAGCAGCCGGAGGUCGGAUACGCCGGCCAAGAUCAGUGCCAUGUUCAUAGACGAGGAGCGCAAGGCGAGCUUCAAGGGAGACCCCAGCCAGCAGGCCAAGGUCAAAGUGCAGGAGGUGAAGCCACUGCCGAUGGUCCUGCCCUCUCCGAAGAGGGAACCCCUAAAGCAGCAAACCACCGCCGAGUUGCGCGAGAAGUUCGAAAGAAGUGCUGCUGCUCAAGCCCAAACCCAAAACCACUCGCCCGUGAUCCACAAGAUCGCCCAGAAGCCACAUCACGAGCGAUUCUCCUCGCUGGACUCCUUGGCGUCCAGUUCCUCGGGUGUCAGCUCCACCACCCAGAACGUGAGCACCACCCAGGAAACGGCCACCGAAUUCGGCAGCUUCUCCUCGCUGGGCAGCAACCAGAGUCUGAUCACCGCCCAGGACGUCCAGCAGAUCGUGGAGGAGGCCGAUCCUCCGCUGAAGACCCCCGAGGCGUUCAUCAUUGUCCUGCAGCGGGAUAAUCCCGAGAGUAGCAUCGGAAUUACCCUGGCCGGGGGUUCUGAUUACGAGGCUAAGGAGAUUACGAUCCACAAGAUCCUGAGCAACACCCCAGCUGCCAAGGAUGGUCGUCUGAAGAAGGGUGACCGAAUCCUCGCCGUCAACGGAAUGAGCAUGCGGGGAUUGACGCAUCGCGAGUCCAUCAGCGUGCUUAAGACCCCCCGACCCGAGGUGGUGCUAGUGGUGACCCGCUCCGAGUCGCUGGUGUUGAAGGCGCUGACCAAGAAGCGGUCCUCCCUGGGAUCGCUCAGCUCGCUCAACGAGAAGCCCACGGAGUUGGACUACGAGCGCAAGAGGAACUACCACAAGGCCUCCCGAUCUCUGGACUUGGACCUCGAUCUGGUGUCCAACGAGGCUGGCGAAUCGCCAGUGGCCACCACUCCGAGCACUGGAUCCGUGAGUCCGCCGCAACCGGCAAGUCUGCACGACGAGGAUGCGGAGGCCACCAUCGCGGGAAUCCGGGCCAGGAGGCAGUUGUCCCGCGGAGAUGCCGCUAAACUGAGCACGAGUGAGUUGCUGGAAAGGGCGGCGGAGGCGAGAAAUGCGAUCGCUGCGGAAAUUCGGGCACAGGCGGAGGAUGCGGCGGCCAGUGGAGGAGGAGCUCGUUGUGUGGAGAUUGUCAAGGACAGCUGUGGCCUGGGCUUCUCCAUUGAAGGAGGCUUUGAUUCACCGCUGGGAAAUCGUCCCCUUAUUGUCAAAAAGGUGUUCAUGGGUGGUGCCGCCCAGAAGACCAACCAGGUGCGCAAUGGUGACGAAAUCCUGAGUAUCAAUGGUGCCUCCACGUCGCGAAUGACGCGGGUGGAUGCCUGGAACUACAUGAAGCAACUGCCUCUGGGACCGGUCAAGAUUUGCUUUGCCUAGAUAGGAUGGUCUUAAUACAAUGCCAACGAAGGGGAAGAAUGCGCCACAAUUUUUUUAGAUUUAAGCCAAUUAGUUUGGUUACCCCUUUACUGGUUUAACCUUGGGGGUCUUGCCAAUACGAUGGAUCGUAGCUGCGAGCGAUUUGUUUUGCAUUUAAACGAACCUUUAAUUGUAUGCCUAAUUUUAUAGAUAUUUAAUUUAAAGUGCAAUUGUUUUAAAUCUUACAACGUUUUGAUGCCCCAUUUACAUACCCUAAACUGAUCGAUGAUUGUACAUAUAACUAAUCGAGACUAAUUUACGUAUUUAAACCAUAAAUCAAAUUGAAGCCAGCCUUUGGGUAGCGCUAUUUCCUUAUAUACAACUUAUUAAUCCACAAAAAAACAUAACGAAAAAACACAAUUAUAUUUUAUGCCAUAAAUUAUACGGGAACGUUAUACAUGUA